AUGGCAGCAGCAACAGUUGAUGGUGAAGAUAUUAUUAAUACUCUACCGGAAAUUGUUCUUGUUCAUAUUUUUUCCUUUUUGAGUAUUGACGAACGUGCCGUACUCAUAGAAGUUUGUAAGCUAUGGUAUCAGAUUAUUCAAGAAUCUCCUCGACUCGCUUACUCAUGUACAAUUCGAUUAUUUUCUCAUCUACCAUCGGCAUCAGAUGAUCAAGUGAACAAACGUCGAGUGGGAAGAGUAAUUCCACAAGCCUUAAUCGCAGCUCAACGACGAUUAGUUAAUACAUCGUCAACAGUAGCAGUAGUUCCAUCGACUGAUGCCAAUCUGAUAUACUAUGCAUUCAUUUACAAUUACGUAAAACGAUUUGAAUAUGACGUAAGACAUUUACAUAUCUCCAUUGAACAACAAGAUAAAACAUGUCAAUAUGUUUUAUGUAGACUAUUGACAUUAUUCAACCAUGAAAACCGUCAAAUUCAAACGUUUACUUUACAUUUUAUCGGUAAAAAUCCAUUAAUGAUGAAAUGUAUUGACAUCAUUGAUAGUCUCCGAUCAUUUUUCCAUCAUCACAGUCAAAGUAUAAUCGUUUGCGAUUUGAGUGGUGUCAUGUUUUCACUUGACGAUGAUACGUGUACUAUUCUUGCAAAGUACAAUCCUCAUCUUCGAUCGCUUAAUUUGCAAGAUCAAUCGUUGGUAUGCUGCAUUACACCCUAUGCUCUAAUGCAAACAAUCGAUAGUCUCAAACACUUGACCGAGUUAUGGGUCGACAGGGUCUCGGUGACAGAUGAAGCUUUACAACUGUUAUUACAAACUGAUCGAGAUGAACUGAAGCAUCUUGGAAUUAGGAUAAGGCGAGAAGAAAAAUAUUCGGAUGAUACAAAUCCUCAAUUGUGGCGACAACUUAGAGAAAGAUAUCCCAAUUUACGAAUGACAUUGGAUUUUGGUUUAACAACACCGUUGCACAGAAUUGCAGAGUACCUGAAGCCAGAAACACGACUACCGGUGCAAACAUUAAUAUUGAAUACGCCUAUUCGUGUAUUCAACGAACUCAUCCUUGCAGCACAAAGCUACCAUGAAACAUUAGAAAAUGUUUUUAUUCGAACAACCGGACAAUGGGUGAUCGCUCGUUCAGAACCGGUUAACCGAGCAAUAUUGUAUUUAGCUGAACAUUGCCAUAAUUUAAAAACAUUAUAUUGUGAUUGCGGUUUAGAUGAAACCAUAAUCAGAUAUAUUCAUGAGCUUCAUCCACAUCUGAUGGAACCAGGUGCCAGCAAACUACUAGAAUAUGAUACUCCAACACAUAAUAUUCCACAGGAAGAAAUGGCCGAUCUGUUUGGUUGA